CAACAAUCGCAUAAGUUUCGUUUUCUCUGUGACCCGCUACGCUUCCCUUUAUAACAGGGGCACUAUGUAGCUCGUCAGCUUUCCUCUGGAAGAAAAAAGACGCGCAGGAGGGCAUCAUGUCCAGGUUUUUGGUUCUCCACAUUCUGUUCCUCGACUUUUAUGCGAUGAUUGCCUCCUGGUCUGUCCCCAUGUCAGUGUUAGUUCAAGUGGGGGACAUUGCCAUCCUCCCCUGUAACUGGACAACCCAGAGCGGGAUGGCCUGGUUACUCUCUGUAAACAACCCACAUCUUCAGUGGCAGACGCCCGAGGAGACGGUCUUCGAGCUGAAAGGGAGCAUCACUUUCCAAGGCAUCGGGUAUGAAGGCAGAGUGGCGAUUCCCCAGGACAGGCUGUUUGAAGGGGACUGCUCCCUGAAGCUGAGGGAGGCGAGGUUCUCGGACGCUGGACUCUAUGAGAGCUUCCUCAUAACCGGACACAAGAGGAGGAUGACGAGGAGUUUCAUAAAAAGUGUGCAGCUGACAGUCACAGACCAUAAGUCCAUUCAGACUCUGCUAGUUGGACAGGACUUCUCCCUCAGCCUCUAUACCUCGCAGGCGUCCACCGUGAUUUUCCAGGCAUCCCAGGAUCAAGAGGAAGCCACCAAGUGGGAGAGGGGCAAUGCUCAGGGCAGCGAGUGGCGCUUGGAGGACGGUGACAGGAAGUUGAUCCUCCCACGACUGAAGCGGAGUGAUACGGGAAUGUACAAGGUUCUGGAUGCUGAGGGUUUGGCCAUUAGCACCACACAGCUCAUCGUACAAGAGCCUGGUCCCGAUGAAACUGAAGUGAGAGAUGCUGACAGGGAUGUUUUCUCCAAAGGCUUCAUGGUGACAUUCAGCACCUCUCUGGUGUCUCUGCUCGCCUCCAGCUCUGUAUUUCUUCGUCUUGUUUUGUAACAUUGUUCCUUUUCCAUAAGUGUUGUUUACGCUGCUCUGGGUUUGUUUCCUGCUCGAACCUCAUGUGAUACCUGUAGCAGUGCUCAGUAUGCAACAUGGUUGAGUGCGAUGCUUUAUGCUAUUAUUACUAUAUAUCAAGUCCAAUGUGUCUAUUCUGUGAUAAACACCCAGUAUGUGUCAAAAUAACCAACAAAUCUUAACCAUCUGAAACGUUUUUGUAAACACAUUAACUCAAUAAAAUUUUAUUUUGUGCACAAUGGGCUUGUGAUCCUACACUGACUGGAUGGAAACACAAUGCAAUACCCUUAAUUACAUAUGUAAUAUUAUUUGAUGAUUUGCUGAAAUGUAAGCAUCCCAGAGCACAGAGCUUCACUUCUCACCGUGUUCCUGCCUGAAACGCACACCCAUGUGUAAGUUUGAACAUCUCUCUCUCUCUCUCUCUCUCUCUCCAUUGCACAAGACGUUUUCUUGUGUAAAACAAAAAACAUGUCAUUAGAAAAAGCUUUUGACAUUUCUGGCUUUUCUCCCCUGUGUCAGAAAGUUAACAUUGCAAUGGAGAAAUUACAAUAAUAAAUUUUCAGGAAUGUUAUUUUCAUAUCUAAAUGGGCGUUCGUGUUUUUGUGACUGAUUCCACGAGAGGCCACCAAUGGGCUCUCAUAGCGUAUUUUGCGAUUCAUCGCGGUCUUCGAUAACAGGGUCAUCAGUAGCUGGAAUUAGAUUUCGUACUGAAAGCAUUAAAUCUCUGUUAACUAUGGGGACUUUAAACUCUUCUGUGUGUGAUGUGUAAAAUCAGAGCAGGUUACUUUGAUGGCAUUCUCUACGUAACAAAUGUCAAUGACAAAUAUGACCAAAUUCAUUUAUACUGCUUUGUCUUAAUGUCUUAUGUUCAUGCCGGUAUGGAAUAUUAUUUGGAGCAUUAUGUAACAUAGAAUAUAAGCAUUAUGAUAUUAUUAAAAAGUAUGGCAAAUAUCCAUGAUGUAAUUAGUACAAUGUAAACAUUAUAAUGUAAUCAACUCAAUGUAAUCAAUUGAGUAGCUACUUUAUGUUUGUGCUGUAUGUAUGAAUAUCCACUUUUAUUAGUGUUAUACCUUAUCACUAUAACUAAUAUACUAAUAUAAUAUUAACCCUCUAAGUCAAUGUGCAACAGGCUAAAGCUGCCAAGGUUUACUACAGAAGAAAGGGAUUCGCCUGAGUUCAC